GAAUUGUUUUUGACUUGCAGAAGAGAGCGAAGAGAAAAUAAGACUGAUUGUGUAGAUGUAGUUAAUCUAUGAACUGCUAGAAAGUACAGUUGUAUAUUUGUUUGUAAAUAAUGUAAAGAUGAAUCAUGUAAUUAUAAAGUACAAUCACAACCGUAAUAAAUGCGAUGUGUUCAAUCAAUAAACAUUAUUAUUUGGACAAGUACAGCUUUUGAAUCCUAUAGGAUCUAUUUCAAAGUUUAAACUUUUUUCUACUCCCUUCUAUUUAAUAGUACAUGUGUACUUACGUCAAGUUCCUUUUCUCAAAUUUGAAUAGCAUCAUGUCACCAACGCUUUUCCAGAUCUGCUUUUUACUCUUAUAUCUUGCGAAAAUAGCUAUAGCCAAAGAAUGUCGCUUUAUAUAUGAAAAUGGGGAUAUCAAAUAUUUUCACUGCAGUGUUUAUGAAUACUGCUGUGGUACAAUGUGCUGUCGAACCCCUGCGAUGACAUUUUACCAGAUGUGGUACUUCUGGUUAAUGGUAUUUCUCACAAUUCUUUUCUGCUCCGGGGGUGGAUGGUGGUACAAAAUAAGGAACCAUGAAGGGUUCAUGAGUCAUUCCAAUGCGUCUCGAGUCAUGCCUCCUCAAUUAGCUUCUUAUUAUGGACCCGCAAGAGGACAAGGCUAUACGCAAGCUAGCACAUACCCACAGCCAGCUGCUGCUUAUCCACAGACUGCUCCUUUAUCUCCAAAUAGCCAAUACCCCCCACCUCCCCCUUACUAUGGACCACCUCCCAGCUAUGACACAGUUGUCAAUCAGGGCAGGCAGGGUUGAUUUUUCUUUCUUGGAGAGAGAUUUUUAUCUGUAUAUUAUGUUCUUCUACAACUUUUAAGCAUUUAUCACUGUUUGUGAAAUUUACUAUGUUUAAAAAUGUUUAAUAAAUAUCAUGCAUCAUUCA